AUGCCUACUUUCUCUUCGCUCAAAGACCGCCUCAACGAUACCAUCUCCCAACGUCCCAGCACUGGCAGUGGCAGUGGCAAUGGGACAGACUCCGCAGCGGAAGAUGACCAGUCCCUCGCGACGAUCCUCAGCCGCGAGCAGCGCGCUGAACUGAGCGUGCUGAUCUCGCAGACUACAGAGGAGAUGAGAAGAAGUCUAGUCAGGGUGUUUGAGGAGCGGCGGCCGGUUGCGAAAGCCAAGAAUGAGGCCUCUCAACCUCAAACGGGAGCUCCUGUGCAGAAUGAGGCUCAAGCUCAGAUAACAUCUCCGGGACAAGGAGUGCCAGAGAUGUCCGAGCUGAGUCUAUCUGAGAAAGACCAAAACGUCCACGCACAACAACCAGCACGUGGCCCAAGUGAAGACGACUCGCUUCAGUCAGAACCCGAACCAGACGCCCUACUCACCUCGGCCACACCUGAAUCCAAGGCCCUGCAACAAGCAGCCCUCGCGUUCUUCGACGCCUGGGCCGAGUCCGUGAUCCUCCGGGUCGGCGAGGUCGUCAACUCUCGCGACCCGGAGAACAACCACGCCUCACAGUCCCGCAAUCCGGACGCCGCCCGGAAACUCGCCUCCGAGUCGUCAAAACAGCAGUUCCAACCGACAGACCGCGAGCGAGAAGUCGAUAUGAGACUCUCCCAGAUCUACCCGCCUAUUCAGACAUCCCUAGCGUCGCUCAGCUCUGGAGAGCGAAGCACCAUCGUCAAUGCCCUCCUUCUGCUUCUCCUCUCGCUCGAAUCCUACCGCGCGCACUCCCGCACGCUCAUGAUCCGCCUGGCCAUCUCGCUGGGCGCCUCCGUCGCCGAACUUACGAAGAUGGAACAAGACACGGCAUGGGGGCUCCUGACGGCAGCGGCAAAGAUGGACGCCUCGGAAUCCACGGCCAAAGCACAGGAAAAGUCGUCCAUGGCGCGGAAGUGGAAGAUCGGUGUCGCGGGCGUGGCUGGUGCGGCCUUGAUAGGCAUCACUGGCGGUCUGGCAGCCCCGAUACUCGCGGCAGGCGUAGGCACGCUGAUGGGCGGUCUGGGUCUAGGAGCUACUGCUGCGGCAGGAUACCUAGGCGCGUUGGCGGGCAGUUCCGUGCUGGUUGGGGGCCUGUUCGGCGCGUACGGCGCGCGCAUGACGUCGCGAAGCAUGGAGCGGUACGCCAAGGAGAUCGACGACUUCGCGUUCCUGCCCGUCCGAGGGAGCGAGGAUGAUCCCGAAGACGUGCAGAAGCAGCGCCGCCGGCUGCGCCUCACUGUCGGCGUCACGGGCUGGUUGACCGAGGAGGGCCAAGUCACGCUGCCGUGGCGCGUGCUGGGUGCCGGCGGCGAACCGUUCGCGCUCAGGUGGGAAUUGGGCGCUCUGCUCACCCUGGGAUCCGCGCUCAAGGAUUUUGUGGUGAGCCAAGCGUGGAGCCGCAUCCGGAAGGAAAUCAUCAGCCGCACCAUCUUCGCGGCCGUGUGGUCGGCGUUGCUCGCGCCCCUGGCCAUCCGCAAGGCCAUCAAAGUCGUGGAUUCGCCGUUCGGGAACGCAAAAAACCUGGCCGUCAAGGCUGGCGAAGUGCUCGCCGAUGCACUGAUCAACAAGGUCCAGGGAGAACGGCCGGUCAGCUUGGUCGGGCAGAGCUUGGGGGCACGGGUCGUGUAUUCGUGCCUCUUGACCCUGGCGAAACGGGGCGCCUUUGGCGUGGUGGACAACGUCGUGCUGAUGGGCGCGCCCGUGCCCAGUGACGCCGCGCAGUGGCGCGCCAUGCGCAGCGUUGUGUCUGGCCGCUUGAUCAACGUGUACAGCACGCAGGAUUACAUCCUGGCGUUUCUGUACCGGACCACCGCUGCGCAGCUGAGUAUUGCCGGCCUACAGGACAUUGAGGGCGUGUAUGGCGUGGAGAACUACGACAUGAGCGAGCAGGUCGCGGGGCAUUUGAGGUACAUGCAUCUGACGGGGACGAUUUUGAGGGAGGUCGGAUGGACGGAUAUUGACGAGGAUGCGCUGAAGAGGGAGCAGAUGUUGGUGAAGCAGUUGGACGAGGACGAGAAACAGCUCGAAGCAAAGGGGGAGGAGCCUGACAAGGCACAUGUUUGA